AUGGCCAUAUUAAGGGUGCUGAAAAUCGUAUUUUACGGCACUGCGGUUCCGAUUGGGAAGUCAGUAAAACAUACGGCUACCAAUUUAUUUAACGCUUACCACCGUAUAUCACCCUCCGUACGCAAAAACCUUGAGAAUCGAGGCCGAAUUACACGAUCCCCGGAAAAAGUGGCUUCUACCCGCAGACAAGAGACUAUUAGGACCGGUAGAAUUGGCCAAAAUAUUACCGGUAUUGAAUGUAUUUCGGCCGACGGCUGGGUUAUGCAUCCUUGGUUUUUAAUCCGUGGUUCCGAACAAAUGGAAGACUGGUACGACGGCGAUACAGUAAUGACCCUUCUAAUUACCGUUAGACAGACGAUAAAACUGCAAACCAAUAGCUUGAAAGACCACGGGUUUUGA